AUGGCAUCAAGCCUUUAUUUCAUUGUGGUCCUCUGUGGACUGUGGAUCGCAGCAAAUGCACAGUGUCAAGAUGACUGUGAGCCCUGUAAGGGAUGCCCUUCUGGUUGGACGAAGUUUGAAGACAAAUGUUACCUGUUCACCAACUCCCCAAAGACCUGGACUGAAGCAGAGACUACCUGCCUCGACCAAGGUGCGAAUCUGGCAUCUUUCCGUAAUGAAGCCAUCUACAAUUUCAUCAGACAGAUAGUGAAAACAGCUACUAACAAGGAUGAGCGAGUUUGGGUUGGAGCACAUGACACAACAAACGAGGGAGUGUGGCUUUGGAGUGAUGGCUCCGUGUUUGCCUUCACAGGCUGGGGCGCUAACCAACCUGACAAUGCCGGCGCCAAGGAACACUGCAUGGAGUUGAACUACAACGGUGCAACCAACGAUGUACCUUGCAAUUUGAAGAGAGGUUUUGUUUGUGGCAUGCCUGAGCAGGAUGUCACAUCCUAAGACAUGAUGUCACAUCCUAAGACAUGAUGUCACUUCUAC